UGUCGGGGUGAAGUUUGCAUUUUUUUCUAAGUUAUAUAGUGCGAAAAUUUUUGACCUUGGCAACAUCAGUUUACGCCCCCCUUUAAAUCAUUUGUUCUAUUAAAUUGUCUCGUGGCCUGUAUUCAUAUUUUUUCCUGCUUUUCAAUCAUAAACUCUUAUCGCAUUUAUUUAUCUAGUGAUUUAAAAAAAAUUAGUAAAUAGGUUAUGUUGCUGCCAUCAGAGCUUCUCUAACUGCAGCUAAUAGCAAUGUCAGCACAACUAGGCAUGGACCCGUGGGUGAUCCUUCCGCGGGAGAGGGCCCGCUACGAAGAGCAGUUCCGCACCCUGCAGCCCGUCAACGGCGUCGUGACCGGAGACCAAGCGAAGGGUUUCCUGCUCCAGUCGCAGCUCCCGCCGCAAGUCCUGGCCCAGAUAUGGGCCCUGGCCGACACGGAUGCCGAUGGCAAGAUGGACAUAACGGAGUUCAGCAUUGCCUGCAAGCUGAUCAACUUGAAGCUUCGCAACUUUGAACUGCCCAAAGUACUGCCCCAGGUCCUCUUGCAGCAUGCCAGAGGUGGCGUGCCGGCUCCUGCUGGGCCCCCGGCCAUCCCCCCUCUCCCGCAGCAGGCCGCGCUCGGGAGCCUGCGGGGCCCGGUGCCCCCCGCGGCGGUGGUGCACCCCCUGUCCAUGACCCCCCCGCCGGGGCGGCCCGUGAUCCCACCCCUGCUGCCCGUCGCCCGGCCGUCCUCCGUGCCGCCGCUGGGCGCCGCGACGCUGCCCCUCGGGGGCGGCAUCUCCGGCGCGGCGACACUCCCCUCGCAGCCAAUCAGCAACGGCUCGGUCAUCAUGGGCCAGGGCACCCUCCCGCCGCCCAGGCCGCCCCCAGUUUCCAGUGUUGGCACAAUUGUUCCUGGUGUGGCUCCUGUUGUCGAGAGGGUGGCAUCCAUAGAUUCCCCGCUGUCGGCGGGCUCCCCCCUCCACGACUGGGCGGUUCCGCACCAGACCAAGCUGAAGUACACGCAGCUGUUCAACACGUCUGACCGCGCGCGCACGGGCUUCCUGUCCGGACCUCAGGCGCGCAACAUCAUGGUGCAGACGCAGCUGCCCCAGCCCGUGCUCGCGCAGAUCUGGGCGCUGGCCGACAUGGACGCGGACGGGCGGCUCUCCUGCGACGAGUUCGUGCUGGGCAUGCACCUGUGCGACCAGGCGCGGGCGGGGGAGAAGAUCCCCGCGGCGCUGCCCCCCGAGCUGGUGCCCCCCACGUUCCGGCGGGCGCGGCAGGGCAGCCUGACGGGCGGCCAGCCCGGCCCGCACCCCGAGGCCGCGGAGGGCAAGGACGCCGCGUCCCUCCUCUCCAACGUCACAUUCGAGGACAAGCGGAAGGAGAACUUUGAGAAAGGGCAGGCGGAACUUGAGAGGCGGCGGAAGGCGUUACUGGAAAUUCAGCGUAAAGAACAGGAAGAAAGGGAGCGCAAAGAGAAAGAGGAACAAGAGAAAAGAGAGAGGAUAAGGCUGGAGCAGGAGCGCAGGAGGCAGCAGGAGCUGGAGAGGCAGCUGCAGAAGCAGCGCGAGCAGGAGCAGGAGCGGGAGGAGCAGCGCAAGAGAGCCCAGGAGCAGCGCGAGGCAGCCAGGAGGGAGAUGGAGCGCCGGAGGCACCAGGAGUGGGAGAACCAGCGCUGCCAGGAGCUGCAGCAGCAGCGCCAGCGAGAGCAGGAGAAGGUGCUGAGCCUGAAGGCCCGCAACCAGAACCUCACCAUCGAGCUGUCCCAGCUGACGGAGAAGGUGAAGGAGCUGUCGCAGAAGAUCUCGGAGACGCGGCUGGGCGUGUCCGGGGUGAAGACGACCAUCGACGGGAUGCGCUCGACGCGCGACGCCCAGAUGACGGAGAUGGGCGCGCUGAAGACGCGGUUGAAGGAGCAGAACCAGCGCCUGCUGGCCCUGGGGCAGGAGAAGGCGCGGCUGGAGGCCAGGAACCGCCUGAACUCGGCCGGCGACGCGGCCGGCCGGGAGCAGGUGGCUCUCGCCUUCUCCAACAAGCAGAUCACGCUCAAGCAGAUGAGGGACCGCAUCGACGACCUGCAGAGCGAGAUUGAAGUGAAAAUGGCUGAUAUUGAAAACAACAAUAGCCAGCUAGGUGAUUUGAGAAAGCAGUUAACAUCUCUCGUGCAGGAAUGUGAACAAUUGUAUGCAGUUUACGAGGAGCGUAAGACCAGGGUGCUGGAAAUAAAGGGUGUCCCCAACAAGAACAAAGACCCCACGGACUUCAGUGCCUCGUGGGGGAACAGCGGCUGGAACGACACGAUAGAGCCUGCCUGGGACGCCGCUACGGAGUCUUCGUGGCCGGCCGCGGAGGACUCCACCACCGCCGCAGCAACUGAUGGUUUUGUGAAGUAUCGAGCCUUGUACGAGUUUGUGGCGAGGAACUCGGAUGAACUUUCGUUCCAACCUGGGGACAUCAUUUUGGUGCCGGUGAGCCAGAACGCGGAGCCGGGCUGGCUGGUGGGGGAGCUGCGGGGCCACACGGGGUGGUUCCCGGAGUCCUACGUGGAGCCCCUGGACGGCGCGGUGCGGCUGGAGAGGACGGGCGCCGAGCCGCCCGCGUUCCCCGGCGACGCGGACACCCUGCAGGCCAGGCGGACGCUCGAGGGAAUAGCAGAGGUUCCUGAGAACGUCAGUGACAACGGCUCGGUGGCGGAGGUUAUUGGGGAUCUCGGACCACAAGUGCCGGACUUGGAUAGCCCUAUACUAGGGCAGGGCGUGCCGGUGAGCAACGUGACGGCGGAGGCCCUGCACCCCUGGAGGGCCAGGAAGUCCACGCAGCUCUCCUUCGGCAAGGGCGACUGCAUCGCGGUGAGGGAGCAGCAGGAGCUGUGGUGGUACGGGGAGCUGGACGGCGCCCAGGGCUGGUUCCCCAAGUCGUACGUCCGGCUCGCGGCGCCGGAGGGCAACCAAGAAUACUACGUGGCCAUGUAUCCCUACCAGUCGAUCGAGGCCGGCGACCUGAGCUUCCAGCAGGGCGAAGUGAUCCUCGUCGUGAAGAAGGAAGGGGAUUGGUGGACCGGCGUCAUCGGCGACCGGCAGGGCAUCUUCCCUUCCAACUAUGUGCAGAAGGCCGAGAUCGAGCAGCCGGCAGCGGCAGUCGCAGCCCAGCCGGAACCCGAGCCGGCCCAGUUCGCCCCCGCGCAGACGAGCGUGGCCUCCCCCCCGGCGGAGGAGCAGCCGCCCGUGUCACCGUCUCCCGUCGCUACGCAGCAGGAAGUCAAGCUGGUAGAAAAAACUUCAACGCCCAACACACCUGACUUUGCAGCGAUGGCAGCUCAAUUCGAAGAUGAAGAUGGUGACGUGAAGGGCAAGGGCCGGAAGCCGGAGAUCGCGACGGUGAUCGCGCCCUACCAGGCCACCAGCGCGGAGCAGCUGUCGCUCCAGCGCGGCCAGCUGCUCAUGGUGCGCAAGAAGUCGGACACGGGCUGGUGGGAGGGCGAGCUGCAGGCCAAGGGCAAGCGGCGCCAGAUCGGGUGGUUCCCGGCGUCCUACGUGAAGCUGCUGGCGGCCGGGGGCAAGGCGGGGGCGGCCCGGGAGGGCCAGCCGUCUCCCAUGCCACAGCCCCAGCAGCAGCCGCAGCAGGACAGCGCGGAGAAGGUGGUGGCGCUGUACCCGUACACGGCCCAGAACGAGGACGAGCUGACGUUCGAGAAGGACGACGUCAUCACGCUGCUGGGCAAGGACGAGCCGUCGUGGUGGCGCGGGGAGCUGAGGGGCGUGUCCGGGCUCUUCCCCAGCAACUACGUCACUCCCUUGUCGACCGUGAACAUGACGGACACGGAGAAGCGGCGCCAGGAGUGCGUGAGGGAGCUGAUCGCCACGGAGCAGGCGUACAUCGCCGACAUGAUCGUGGUGAACGAGGUUUUUGAGAAGCCGUUGCUGGAGAGCAAAAUUCUGUCGGUUGAAGAUGUUCAAAAGCUGUUUGUCAACUGGAAAGAAAUUAUAGUCUGUAACCACAUGUUCCUCAGGGCGUUACGUAUCAGAAGAGAUAUGAGUGCUAAUGGUGUCAUACGCAUGAUAGGGGACAUCUUGUGUGAGAAUCUGCCGCGCAUGACGGCGUACGUGCGGUUCUGCAGCUGCCAGCUGAGCGCAGCCAAGUUCCUGCAGCAGAUGACGGAGAGCUCGGCCGAGUUCCGGCAGCUGGUGCGGCAGUGCCAGAGCGACCCGCGCACCAAGGGCAUGCCCCUCAGCAGCUUCCUCAUCAAGCCCAUGCAGCGCAUCACCAAGUACCCGCUGCUCAUCAAGAAGAUUCUGGAGUACACGCCGCCUGACCACCCCGACAGACAGAACACUCAGGAAGCCCUGGCGAAGGCGGAAGAGUUCUGCUUGCAGGUGAACGAGGGCGUGCGCGAGAAGGAGAACUCGGACAGGCUGGAGUGGCUCCAGACGCACGUCAGCUGCGAGGGCCUGGUGGAGCGACUGGUGUUCAACUCGCUCACCAACUGCCUGGGGCCGCGGAAGCUCCUACACUUCGGCGUUCUGAACAAGGCAAAAAGUGGACGAGAGCUGAUUGGUUUUCUUUUGAACGACUUCCUGCUCCUGACUCAACCCAGCAAGUCCGUUGGAGCCAAUGGCUUCUCGUUCGAUUCCUCCAGCAACAUUAAGUGUCGACUGUACAAGAAGCCCGUCUUCCUGAGCCAGCUGGUGAUGGAGGAGGAGUCCCGGACGGAGAGCCCCGCGGGCGACGCCCCGGAGAGCCCCCGGGCACUGCGGCUGCAGGACGCGGCCAGCGGGACCUGGCACUGCCUGGUGGCGCCCAGCGCCAAGGAGCGCGCAGCCUGGCUGCACCGGCUGUGCGAGGCGCGGCGGCGCGCCGAGGAGACGGAGCGUCUGCACCUGCAGCGCCAGCAGUCCAAGCAAGCGCAGUUUGGGGCUUGUGGGCGUAUCCUCGUCGAAGUGGUGGAGGGGACCGGGCUGCGUCCCAGCAGCGCGAGUGGCAAGUGCGAGGCGUUCUGCGAGCUGAGCAUGGGCUCCCAGGAGCACCGCACGCCCGCCGUCGCCACGGCCGCCGCGGAGGCGCGCUGGAACACGGCCAUGCAGUUCCUGGUCAAGGACCUCGGGGAGGACGUGCUGUGCAUCACCGUGUUCGACCGCGGGCACUUCGCCCCGGACGAGUUCCUGGGGCGCACGGAGGUGCGGGUGGCGGACAUCUUGCGCGAGACCCGGGACUGCCACGGCCCCGUGAGCAGCCGCCUGGCCCUGCGCGAGGUGGAGUCAGGCGAGAUCGCGCUCAAGCUGGACCUGCGCCUGUUCAGCGGCCGGGGCGCCUAGCCGGGGCGUCACGCCAGCUGUCCCAGGUGUACGCACUGGAAACUAAGUUCAGCGAGUAGGCCAAUAUCGUUCUUUAAACCAGAGAUUUCAAUGAAGUAGCUCGGCUUCGGGGUUGUAGCUGUGUCCUUGGCAAAUAAUUCACUGACGUUUCGGUCGACAUUGCAGUCGCCAUUAUCAGGGAGUAGUUACCUACACCGAAGUUUCGGUUGGCAAUGCAAUCGCCAUCAUUCGGGAGCAGUUACCUACUGUAGGUAACUGCUCUUUUAUGAUGGCGACUGCAAUGUCGACCGAAACUUCGGUGAAUUAGUAGGUAACUGCUCCCUCAUGAUGGCGACAGCAAUGUCAACUGGCGACAGCAAUGUCGAAUUGGUUGGUGAAUUAUUCGCCAAGGACAAGGCUACAACCCAGAAGCCAAGCUACUUCAGACAAUGGGCGUGAGUAAAAUCCUGCGAACAUUAUCAGAGAUUUCGAUGUUAUUGUUUUUAUUUUUGUGUGCAUUUAUCUUCAUUCAUAAAACUAUAGUGUGUUAAUCAACGUUGUGAAACGAAUGUCCGCCUUCACAUGCGAUACAACCUUGUACGGCAAUAAGACCAUAUGUUAGUGAUGUAAUUUUCAGGCGCGUGGGUGCACGUAUUGCAGGUCUCGAAAAAUAUUGUUAUAAAAAAAUAUAAGGAGCUGAAAUUGUAAAAGUUUAAAUUGCCAUAAAUUGGAUAUUCCCUGAUUUUUUUUCCAGAAAUACAAAUUUCAUGACAAGUACAGGUUCUCCCAGUUUUCUCUGCUCCCACACACCCUGCAAGUUGGAACUAGUAAGAGAAUGCAAAGGCCAUUUUCAGUGGUUAUGCUGUCAAGAAAAAAAAGAGAAAAGAUUUGUUACUGUAUUUAAGUGUGAAACAAUUGAGGAGUUGCUGCAGUAAGGGCCUAUGAGACCAUGGGCCCUUUCUGGGGAGAAUACAAAAUUAAAUUCUACAAAUCUUAAUCUCUAUGGUCACCAAAUAUUAUGCAACAUUUUUUAUUUGUUGUGUUGGUAUGAAAAGUUUUAUGUGAUGAUGUUAUGAGCCCUUUGUGAAGGGAACCGUUUUGUUUAAAAGUUUUCAGAUAAAUAGGUUACGUACUAUUUUUAGUUAAUAGUGAAAGAUUAGGAAACAAUUUCUUAGUUAAGUUACAGAAUAUUAUUCAAUAACUUAUGUAUGUAUGUGUUCAUUGGAGUAAAUGUGCUCCGACUUCAUGUGUGCGAAGGAAACUUUGCACCUUGAUAAUCUCGGAACAUUGUUUUGGAGCAUGGGCCCUUAUUGCAACAACUUCCCCAGUUUAGUUCCUUUACGUAGCUAUCUUGUCUCGAUGUGCUGCGAUGGAGCAAGUUUGAGCCCAUGUCACGUGACAGUAAGGCGGCCGGUUUCUCUGUCAAAGACGGCAGGACUGCUUGCACGAUCACACGAUCAAGCCCAAUCACCUGGUGGCUAACCUUCCUUUGUAGUACGUAUUAGCAUUCAUCAUUUUAGAGUUGAGAACUUGGGUGGGUACGUGCUGUUUAGUUUUUUUGCAUCGCGGAGUGGCGGACAUAUUAAUCAUUGUCAAUUCAUUAGACAGCAGAACAUCAUCAAUGCCUAUGUAGCCUAUUGGCACUAUAACUCAUUGAUAAUGCGAUAUUUGCACAACUACAAAAUCAGUCUAUCAGAGUGCUUGAUCACAUCUAACCUAUACAUAAUAUUAAAUUGAAUAGUAAUAAUUUAUUAUAAUCAACCCUAGCUUUAAUAUUUACUAAACAAAUUUUCUUUAUGGUAUAAUUAUUUCAACAGUGAAUAAUAUUUAUUGUCGAUUAAUCAUUAUUGAUUGAUCAAUAAUUAUUGACAUCCUGAGCAGUUAUUUCAAGUUAAGUAAUAAUUUUGUUAAUUCACGUUUAUUUAGAAAAUGGUCUUCUUUCUCAUUUUUUCUCUCUCUGCCGUCGAGGUUUGAACUCUCAAAGAAUUCUCACUUCUAUCACAUGUACUGAGUUACACUCUCCCUUUUUUUUUUACAUAGGUAAAAUAACAUUUGAAUAUUUUGGUGGUUUUUAGUCGAGAAAGACACAAACAAAUUGAUUUUUAGAUAAAACUACUGAUAUAGCGUGUCUUUGUAGGUAUUAGUGUACAUGAAUAUUGCAUUUUCAAACAUUUAUAAUGUAAAGCUAAAGUUUUAAAUAAGUUGGGUUAAAAAUAGUUUUGAAAUAAAGGUAAUCACACAAGCAAUAACAUGCGGUGUCUACCAGCUCUAAGGUGUAUAACACAUGCCGGCAGCUAGUACAGGGCUUGCGAAGGGAAUCACAACGUGGAACAGUUACUUUUUUCACGAGUUUUCACAGGUCACAAACAAAAAAAAAAGAUCUUUACUGCCCGUCAGAGAAUCCAGUCGACUGCAGUUCAUUCUUUCGUAAAAAUAAAUUAGCCUUUGCAUUUACAGAUGGCUAUCCUUACUGCAGAUGAUUUUCCAUUACAUUUAUUUUUAAUCUGUUGUAUUUUCAUCUUGAUCUGCAUUAGGUUGUGAUAGUGACCCACACUUACAAUUUCACUUUUUUUUUCUGGCAGUUUCACCCCUGUAUUAAAAUAAAAUUACUUUACCUUUAAAGAAGCUGGUCACCAAAAUAAUCAGCAUUUACCACAUACUCCAAACUGUAAUUUUUACAUCAAGGCAUUGUUUCUUGUAAGUAUUACAAUGUGUGUGUGUGUUUUUUUUAUAACUUAUACAAUUUCAUAUGAGAUAAACUGUGUAUAUUUUUUUGUGUUUUAGUUCUUAAAAAAUUAUGCUUAUGAUGUUAUGAAUCAUUGUUCUAAGUUUGUAAUAAGCAUUUUGUAGACUAUAUUUGACAUUCCAUGAAGUAUUUAAUGUACUCCAAAUUUACUUGUUGUGAGUUUUGCAUUAAAUGAGAUGUGCGCUUUAGUUAGGACUUUAUCUGUAGCUGCAAUGACUGUAUAGCAAGUUAAGUAAUUUAUAGCGGUGAUCUUUAUUUGUGUAGGUAAGCUUAAUGAGUGCAUUGGAAGGCUUUUAUAAAUCAAGUGUGUUUUAGGUUGGUAAAUGGAUAAACACUUUCGUACAUUUAGGUCUAUCUACCACUGCCAUAUCAGAAUUUAUCCAGAUCGUUAGUUGCAUAAUCCCAUUUAAAAAGUAUUGAUUGUGUGUUAUUACUACCUCAAUAAUAUAAGUGAACAAAUUAUAAGUGUUUUUACCUAGAAAUGUUUCAGACCUUCAACUAACAUUAUUACAGAGAAAUUUGGUAAACUGCUCUACUUAGUUGGAGAUAUAAAAUACUACAGCAAUGGACGACUUUAUGUGCCUGCUGUCUGAUAAAUGAUUGUCAAACCAAUGUCCAAAGGUGAAAUUUUUUUUUUAACGGGAAACAACCAGGGGAGGAACAGAGCAGUCACUUUGCUGGCUGAUGCAGUGAUGCUGCAUGAGGCAGCGAGGAAGCAUUUGGUAUUUUCCCGUUCAAGGGUUUCAACGAUGGUACAAUAUUGUUUCGUCCCUCAUUGUAAGAAUUAAUUUUUUACACCUAAUGAAAAUUUAAAGUUUGCAGGGACGAUCGUUCAUGUACAAUUCUCGGUGCAAUUGCGUGUUUGCUUGAAACACAUCAGUGUUGCAGAAUACAGAAAUAAUAUUGAUUGCAGUGUUUAAUUUUUUAAUAGAAGCAUACUGUUCCCAGUGUUCUUACACUGACAUCGCCUAGGAAACUUAAUUCACCCCCCACCCCCCCCCCCCCCCCCAAGGCAAAAAACUUGGUUACAAAUCAAAUGUAAGUAGGCCUACAACAGGGAAAGUGGGAAAGUGCUCAUGUCCAAGAUAUAUUUACUAAACAAAGACAAUUUAAUUUUUUUUACGGGAUAUUAAUGUUUAGAUCAAUGAAAAUUAAACACUACGAGUAAAAUUAUAACCAUUUAUUAAUACAGACAGCUUAAAAGGGCCUGCCGUAUUUGCGUCUGCGGCUACUAAUUAGAUAUAACACAACUUGGUGAUAGAUAAAACCAGUGGAGCAAACAAUUUUGCAAGGUAUGUAGGAUUUUUAUAGAUAUUAUGGUAAUUGUACACAUAAACACCUGCAGCAUGUCCUAGGAUUGGUAAUUAUAGAUGAAUCAGAAAAUGGUAUUUCUGAGUUCAAUGUUACAAUGAUUAUAAUUUAUAAUUAUUAUAUUCUACAAAAAUUUUCUAAUUUUUUAGUGUUUUUACUUCACCAUUUUCCAGGAAUUUAUUGCCCUCCAAACUAUGAAGUAUUUUAGAAUCUAUAGAAAUUUCGAAAAGCCUUUUGGGGAAAAUCAAAGAACAUUAUAAGUACUCAAAUAUUACCCUUUUUAAAUUUGUAUGUAUGUGACUCUACUUUAUCAAAGUUUUUGAUUGCCUGAAAAUUCACAAUGGAAUGGAGGUAAAAAAAAUAUAUUUAUUUAUUUAUUUAUUUAUUUUGUUGUAACCUGUGCUUUUCAGUAAACAAUAAUAG